AUGCUGACGAAGGAAGUCACCUUCCCCGUUACCCUGGCCAAAUUCCCGUAUCCUCGACGUAUCAACCCCUUCUAUGAAGAGGUUGGGCCUGAAACGGACGUCUGGGUUCAAAGCUUCAAGCCCUUCGACAAACCAGAAGUCAUGCAGGCCUUCCUUCGCUGUGACUUUCCCUUGUUCACAGCUUUCAGCUAUCCUAGCAUGGACAGAGAUACUCUUCGCUUGGCCAGUGACAUGUUAGACAUCUUCUUUGUCUUCGACGAAUACACCGAUGUGGCCGACGACACGACGGCUCAGAAGCUUGCCGACAUUCUGGUCGAUGCUCUGCGCAACCCCGAUAAGCCCCGUCCUGAUGGAGAAAACGCCGUCGGAGAGAUGGCGCUUUUUGGGGACGGAUUCGCAGUGUUGCCUCCAACACCUACUUGA